AUUUCUAAACUAAAGAGAUCGUAGGAGCGAAAAUAUAUAAGUGAAUUUUGGGGGCUGUGACUGCAACCGAGUCUUUAAUUGGGAAUGGCGGUUGAUUGAGAAUUGUGAUAGAUUUGGGGCAAAUAUGAGAAACAGGGAAAAUCCCUUCCCCGCCCCGCCCCUGUGUUUGUUUCCUUUUCCCUCCAAGCUAACCUCGCGAUAAUGGAAGCCGACCCAUGGGAAGCUCUUGACCUUGACGAUUCUGAUCUCCCGUCUCUUCUCCGCCCUUGUAAGCAGCUCCGCUCCGCCUCCGCCCCCGCCCCCGGUCCUUCUCCAUCCGCAUUGCCCGAGGAAAACCGCCGCCAACAACAAUUACAGCCUUCCACAUCUUGCCGCCGCGCUAUUCCUGGCCCAGCAGGAGCAAUUCAAGCCGCGAUGCUUCGGAAGAAUCUCGACCGUGCCAAUAAAGCCUUUUCCAACACUCGAGAUGAUUGUGCUCAGGACUUCGAUGGGGUGACUUCCACUCAAGACUACAUACGGAGAGCGGUAGAAGACACUGCGGAAUUUGAUGAUGAUUUUACUCGCCAUCCUUGGAUUUCCGCCCUCCAAUUCCUCGGCGCUGAAAAUGGUGUUGUUCCAUGUACGCCGAUCAGCUCUAUGAAGGAAUGCCUUAAUGUUGGCCGCAUUGCUCAGGUUGUGGCUGUGAUUAAGUCAUGCACACCUAAUGGUCUCGGGGGUCUGAUUGUAUCACUAAAGGAUCCCACAGGUACAAUUGGUGCUAGUAUUCAUCAUAAAGUGCUCUCUGGGAGUGAGUUCGGAAAAAACUUAAGCACCGGUGCAGUUUUAAUACUGCAGGAGGUUACUCUUUUUUCACCUGUGAGGUCAGCACACUAUCUCAAUGUGACACAGAGAAAUUUGGUAAAGGUAUUCUGCCACAACAAUGGCUCAACUUCGAAACUAAAUAACACCGCAUUUCCCCUUCGAUAUGCUGACCCUGGAAUUGAAUAUUGUGUAAAAGGCCAAAGAUCCUCCAAGAUUGGACACAAAGAAAGUGCAGGAAUGGGAGACAUUGAACAGAGACACAGCACAGGGGAGGCUGAGAAUGUGCACAAUCGUAGUGUUGUCAACAAGCAGAAUCUUCUCAAUAGAAGCAUUCAACCCCAUGCAGUCACCAAUGAUACAACUGCAGGCAGGAGAGGGAGUAUCAAUCUAAGGAAAGAAACCAGUAAUGUGAUACCCGAAGACAUGAUUGGAACCAGGAAUGCUGCCAACCACCCAGAGUCGGCAAAUCUCAGUCUCAAAGAAGCGAAGGGAGGUGGUUUGGAAUGCCCUGUAAUGGACAACACCAAUAAUACAAGUAACUCUGUCCCAAGACACAGUUGUGAAGAAAUUCAAGUAAAUGAAGCUCAGAGGCAGCCUGUGAUAUUGAAAUCCUCUCUGCCACAGUGGACAGAUGAACAACUGGAUCAACUUUUUGACGAAGAUGAAAGCUCCAGCUUGUUUUAAUGGUGGUGUUUGGAAGGAUGAACAAGAAUUAUAGAACUUUGAGGAUGUUCAAACUUGUAAAGCACAUUAUAUCAAAAAGAUGCUUUACACAGACAAUAUGUGAAUCUAUACAGAAAUCAGCUGCAAAUCCAACUCUUAUAAAUAUUUGAUGGUC